AUGUUGGCGUUUAACCUUAUGGAGACGGAGGCUGGGUGCUCAAACCAAAUGGUGCAAGGAGGCCCCGACGAGCCUCAGAUCACUGGCCCAGCCCCCACCCUUGUUGACCUCAUCGGAGAGGAGGCAGCUGUGCCUACCCUGUCCAAUCAGGUGCGCAUUCCUGAUGGAGGUCGUUACCUUAAUCCUCAGUGGGCAGAGCUACUUGAGGAGGUGUUGUGGAUGAACCUAGAAACCACCAAAAAGAAGCGCGAGUGGCGUGAUUGGUCCAUCACAGAACAGAAGGCUGCAAAAAAGGCCAAGGGAGACACAAGCAUCCAUGGAACAAGACGCAAUACGCACCAAGGGGAUCAGGGCAAAGGAACUAGCACUGGUGCUGGUACUGCCUCUCCCUCAGCUAAUGCACCUGCAUGCAUGGAGGUUGACGAUGAAGACAGGCCCCGUGCAAAGGACAUUGGAAGUUCCAAGGUUGGAGAGCAGGAGGACGAAUCUGCCUCGAAGAGAGUUCCCAAGAAGAAGUGA